AUGGAUGAAGAUGGAUUUGUCAUAAGAAAUCAAGCUAGGCUCGUAGCUCAAGGGUUCUGUCAGCUUGAAGGGUUGGACCAUGAUGAAACAUUUUCUCCAGUUGCAAGACUGAAGCAAUUCGUCUGCUUUUGGCUUUUGCGUCUUUCAAAAACUUCAAAGUCUACCAAAUUGAUGUUAAGACUACCUUUCUACAAGGAGAUAUUCAAUAAGAAGUUUUUCUUAAACAAUCUCCAGGGAUCUCAUAUCAUUCUUGCUCAAGUGUAUGUGGAAGAUAUCAUCUUCAGAUCCACUAUUGAAAAACAAAUUUCAAAAUUUGUGGAGGUCAUGGCCAAUAAAUUUGAGAUGAGCAUGAUGGGUGAACUAGCCUUCUUUUUCGACAUGCUACAAAAGUAUGGUUUCUUUGAUUGCAAACUGGCAAAAACUAUGAUGUCCUCUUCAACGUCUAUCGGUAUUGAUCCAAGUGGAACUGAUGUGAAUUUAACUCUGUUUUGUGGAAUGACAGGCUCUGUAAUUUAUCUUAUAGCCAUUCGCCCUGACAUUAUGUUAUGGAAUCCUCAUGACUCUGAGUUCAAGUUGGUGGGAUCCAUUGACUCCGAUCAUGGUGGGUGUGGAAUUAAUCUUAAAAGCACUUCAUGA